CAGGCAUUUUCUGGAAAGGUCUCUUUUCUAUACUUGCCAAUUGUCUGUCCUCUGUCACUCCUGUGCUUCUAGCAUUUACCGAGUAGAUAAAUUGAUUUUUGCAUUCAGCCAAGCCAGAGCCAACAUGAAGGCAGCCACAGUCUUGGUUUUGGUGGCUUUCUUAGCCAUAAUGAUGGACACGGCCUGUGCUCUGUCUUCUCCCAGAGGAUCACAAAACCCUGGAGCUUGUCCCGUUCUGCCCCCAAAUACUUUUGGAACUUGUGAUGAGAGAUGCACAGGAGAUGAAUCAUGCCCUGAGAAAAUGAAGUGCUGCAGCAAUGGGUGUGGUCAUGCCUGCCAACCUGCUGUCUUCAAAGCUGCAGAAAAAGACAACACAGCAAUCUCUAGGUCUUUCAAGCAGCCCCAAUUGCUGGAUACCAGCUUCUGA